AUGGAGUUUACGCGUGAGAAACAACUAUGUACUCUGCUUGGUAUUCUGGUGCUUUUUCCUGCGUUAUGUGCCUCUACGUUUACAGCAUCAAGAGCUACCUAUUAUGGCAGCCCGGACGGCUAUGGGACUCGAAGUGGUGCUUGUGGAUUUGGCGAAUAUGGAAGGGUGGUCAAUAAUGGGUAUGUCUCAGCAGUAUCCAGGGCACUGUACAAGGAUGGAGCAGGUUGUGGGGCAUGUUAUAAGGUUAGGUGCAAAAAUCCUCACCUUUGCAGCUAUGAUGGGGUGGACAUAGUAGUGACUGAUUAUGGGGAAGGUGAUAGGACUGACUUCAUACUCGGCCCACGAGCCUUCAAAAAGUUGGCUCUUCCAAACAUUGACAAAAAGUUACUCAGUUAUGGUGUGGUUGAAGUAGAAUAUAAAAGGAUCUCUUGCAAGUACCCAGGUUACAAGGACAAGGUCACCUACAAGAUCAAUGAAAACAGCAAUUAUCCAUACUACUUGGCUUUAAGUGUUUUAUAUGUAAGCGGUCAAAACGACAUCACAGCAGUUGAAUUGUGGCAGGAGGAUACCAAACAAUGGAAACCCAUGCGCAAAGCCUAUGGGGCAGUUUGGGACAUGGCAAAUCCACCAACAAGCAGCGGACCGAUCACCUUGAGAUUCCAAGCUACAACCAGUUUAGGGUACACUUAUUGGGUUCGCUCUACCAAUGCCAUACCGAAAGUCUGGAAGGCUGGGGCUGCUUAUGAAGCCACUGCUAAACUCAUCACUAAAUAA